AUGGAGCGCAAGGAGAUCCCUACAAGCAAGAACGUACCACGCAAUAAGAAGGCUGAACAACAAAUCCAAUCCAGCGGUGCCAAUUCAACUGCUCCUCCUGGUGGUCAAGAACACUUUAAAUCAGUGGAAACCGAUGCUGACCGAAAAGCCAACCGCGACCAUAUCCAUGAUCAUGCCUGUCAAGGUUGUCCCGAAUGCCGUAACAUCUAA